GCCCCCUUGAUCUAAUACGACCCACGUACGCCCCACACAGCCCUCGGAACCCUCGACCGGACGCAUAUUACAAUCCUCAUUCACCUGCAGGUUGAUGCGCGGAAAACGCUCGCAUAAGGGGAAAAUUCGAUCGUUCACUGCCCCGGAGGAGAUUGAUCGACAAGCCGGGCGUACCGGUGAUAAUUGUGAAGUAGAUGAACCCGAUACCUCCGCUUCUCGAUCCCUUGCAGCAGAGUCGAGCGAAGGAGAAGAGUCACGUCACAAAGGUAUUAGCCAUCUAAUCGAAGUGUGCAACCCCAAUGUCGAAGGGGCAAGUGUUCGAGAAGGACCUUCACGGAAAGAGGCUGAGUUGCUGGCGAAGGCAACAGCUGGUCCCUUGUCUUCAAAGUCCGAAGUGGAGUUAGCCAACGACUUGGCGCGACUUGCUCUUAUCCGUAAAGAGCGCGAACAAGCAGCGUUGAAGCGAGAGCAAGAGAGGCAAGCCCGUGAGGCGUCGCGUGAAGCUGCUGCUCAAAGAGCUCAAGCCAAGGUGCAAGCGCUCCGCAAUCAAAAAAGGAAACCGGGUCAGAAAACUGCAGGCUCCUCAAAUAAACUCAAACCUGUGGUCACGGGGACAGAAGCCGAAGUGAAGACUCCCAUUACACUCCCUGAAUCCGCGUGACUCAUUUGCUUGGCAAGUAUCCCAUUGAUGGCAGCUGAUCUCUGUGAGCUUGUGUAUACACAGCAGAGUACUGUGUUAGGAUCCUCAGCAAUUUGCUUCAACCAACUUCCCCGGCCUUUCAUUGAAGCCAUCACUUUUAUUUUUCUACCCAUUCGUCGUUCCCUGCAGCACGUGUUGUUGUUCUUACCCCCAUUCUCUUUCACUGGCAAUAACACCGCUUCUUUCUUAAGUAUGCUUGCUUUCUGCCAAACUUUCCAACGUUUUCCAAACCGUGGAUCACUUAAUGACGACCUCUUCCUUCACUGUUUCUGAGUUUCUGCAUCGUUAAUUCGUUUACUUGAUAACCCUACAUUGGCUCGCUUUAGCCUGUACACUUUUCAUCUGGCCUAACUAUUGUGUUUUUUCCUAGUACAAAGAGGGAAAUGUGGAUUCACUGAUUUAAUCUGUUUACAAUUCACAUAACCACUGCUAUUUCGGCAAUUCCUCUGACCGACUCCGUGUGUCCUAUCCAGGCUAAUAACACGCAUCUACCCAACGAUUUUUUCCAUCAAUUUAUUUAUGUAUUUUGGCUGUUAUCAUCUUGAUGCUUCGCUAAACCAUUUGAGGUGUU